GUACGAUCAGAAGAGAGAGGUGUGUUACAGUCUGUAAGAAACACUAGCUGGCUCGUGAAGGGAGAGCUGCUGUUGUUUCUGCCGCUGUCAAGAGUAACUUCCGGAACAGAAACCUUAGCACUGACGGAAGAGAAAGAAGACGUUAGUGGUUGGACAUCUGUUUCAGCUUGUCAAAUUCUUCAGAUUCAUACCCCGGAUUCCGAGAACACCCGCCCAACUCCCCCUCACGAUGUCUAGACAAGUCCGCUGCUUUGUUCUCCUCUUGCAGACCUUCUCCCUGUGCUCCAGCAUGGAACUCGCCAACGAAGAUCUCGACAGCCUCUUUCCAUCUGGAGUCCCCGGUGGACUGACGUCACAGAAUCCUGACACAGAAGCCUCAGCAACUUUGUCGGAGAACCUCAUACAAGACUUUGGGGAACAGAACAUAAACGACCAGGAUGAAACACUGUCUUUGUUGGCAAAUGAAAACGAGGAAGGACGCCCAGGUCAAAACUCUGAUUGCGAGACGACUUUAGGGCAGGGAUGUAAACCUACAAGCUUACAAAGACAGGUGCCGGUGAUGAUAAGCAAUGACCUGUUUGCUACAAAUGAACGAAUCGUGACUCCUCUCCUUUUAAUGGCACAAAAAGGAUUUUUAUUUGCGGCUAAAAAUGAUUUGCCCAACUUAAAGCAGACUGACACCCUAGAAGAAGUCUUCGGAAAUACGCAAUCAGGUGUACCUAGGCCACUAUGUAUUGGUAACGAAGCAUGCAUGACCACAGGUCCCGAAACACUUCCAAGCCACGAAGGUCUACAACAAAAGAGGGACGAAAACCCCGUUCAGUAUCCAACACAGAGGGAGGAACCCAGCUUCUUAGGCAAGCAGCAAUGGCUACAAACAGACGAGACACAGAAUAGUUCUCCCCUUCGGUUUUACGCAAUGCCUAACUCUGGGAGCUUCGACCACAGGCCAGCCAAACGCUCUAUCACGCCAUGGGGUCUCGACCAGUAUUUGGAGAAACUAAUGAAGGAGAUAGAAGGCCAAAGGGCUGGUGGUUCUGGUCUAGAAGAUACAUCUCUGCCAGAAGCUGGAAAAACGCACGAAUCAGAAACGGCAGAACUAAAAGGUGACAUGCUAAAAGCAUCAGAUGAAGCUAGGUUAGAUGAUGAUCUUUCUGUACUUCAGUUUAUCCAAAAACAAAAUUCCGAAAAAGUACAUAGAAGACUGAAACGUUCAUACAACGCACAUACCUUUGACAGGAAGCCCAGCUCUCUUUUAAUGGAAAUUGAACGUCUCAGCGGUAGACCUGAACAAGACUGGCAAUUUCCGUUAGUUGAUAAAACUUUGGAGUCAGAAAGACAUUCCGGAAAUAAUGUCCAAUCAAAAAUAGAUUAUUUCCAUUUUGGUCACAACACAAACGAUAAUCUAGUAUCUGCAAGUAAGCUCUCUCCUCCUGUAGACUCAAAGGAAAGUAAUAAAUGGAGCAUUAGCAGGGGAAAACGAUCAACAAAUUUAAAGGCUUCUUGCAGUGGUGGUCUUCUUAGAAACAAACGGAUGGCAGGCGCGAAGGUCAAAGGGGUGAACAGCUUAGAUAUGAUGGUACAGCUUGCAAAAGUCAUGGCCAGAAAGAGCUGGGGAAAUAAGGCGAAAGAAGUGCACGGAGGAGUAAUAGCUCGGGACGAAACCUACAAUCAGAGAAGAGACAAGCGGCUACGUUCCGUGAGCGAUCGUUUCGCGAAACAAAUGAAGCUUAUUCGCUUUCGAUAUCUGGAGCAAGCAAAACGCAACCGCGAUGUUAAUCGUUUGUUGACAUUUUUCCUAAUGUGCAAAAAGUACGGCCAUCCAAUCGUGAUAAAUCGCGAAAACAUCCAGAGAAUUCUCAACCCUUCUCACGAUCUCUGGAAAAAAAAAAACUAAUUCGAGAAUAAUCCGGGCCUUAAGACAUUUUAACUGUGAAGGGAUGAGGAAGCAAUUCAAGUCUAAGCUAUGUUUUGUCUUUUGUUUAUCUGCUUUUUAAAUUCUUAGCUAAAUCUAACAGUCUGCCAAACAAAUGAUUUGCCAUUUGCUAAAAUUGCAAUUCCACACAAACGAAGGUUUGUCAUUUGGCUACAAUCUUAUUUCCAAACAAGCGAACAGUUCUUCUUUAGCUAAAAUUUCAUUGUCCCAAAGAUGAAUGGUUGUCUGCUAAAAUUUUAAGGUUUACUCUUUCGAUAUAGAUACCUAGUGGACACACAUGGCCAAUCAGCAGCUGGCCACUGAUAAAGUUGCGUAUAUUUCGAACGGUCAUACCGACAUCAAAAACACAGAUUAGUAUAUUUCAUAAGUGACCUUUGCACAUUGUUAUCUGAGCUUUUAAAGUUUCAAAUUAGGAAAACAGAAUUGAAAAAUCUGUGUAAAUAGCGAAGAGUUCUUUUUCAAGUACCUCAUAAAGGCGUGUCUUCAAAGGUUAUGGAAUGACUAGAAUACAAGUCUACAAUGAGUUCAACGAUUCGACAUGCUUGUCAGUAACUGAAGUAUUAUGGUCAUACAUAUGGAUAGUGUGUCAAUCAAAAGGAAGAAGGAGAUAACGCAUACAAGAUAAAAUCCAACAUACUGCCUAUUCCGUUGGUUAUUAAUUCGCCUCUACAAAUUCAAGGCUGAUCUGGCAAUUACAAGGACCUCAUAGAUGAGUUAUUGAAGGAGAGUCCGUGUCGGUAAAGUGGGGCCAACCACUUCAAAAUCCUUGACAUAGUGCGCAACCUCCACUCACUGUGAAAGUUGAGAUACGCGAAGAUUUAGGGGGUUAAACUUUAUUUUUAAAACGGAAGCUUCACUCCUGAAAACACACUUUACAGUUAUAGGCCAGUCUUCGCUGAACGUGAAUUUACAUAGUUAAAUGAUGCAUACCAAGGUGAGAUAGGUCGAUUUUAAGUUUCACAUUAAGAACAUAAAACUGCAUUGUAAGUUAUGCUUCUUUUUUAAGGUGCUCCAAAACAGCGCUCGUAAAGUGUUGUCGAAUGACCUGGACGCACGUCUUCAUUGAGCUAAUGGAGUUUCCGACUGGCUGUAGGUAGCCAAUCUUGUCUAACUUUUGUUGAUCUUGGAGGACAAUUUUAGUGUUGAUGCUUAGGAAAAAUUUGAACUGUUAUUUAUCGACACUUCCAAUUCCAACAAGUAGAUGCUCAGAAAAUGAUUUGAACUGUUAUUUAUCGAUACUUAUACGUGUCAAUGCUCAGGAAAAUAUUUUAACUGUUAUUUAUCGAUACUUCUUACUUGAACAUUUUGAUGUAUUUUAUGUGUUUGAUAAGUGGAAACUAGUUGUGAGUAAACACGUACUUUUUGUUUUUGGUAAAAGCAAAGUUGAGCACCUCUAUUUCAAAGACUGCACAACAUUUGUGGUCGUCGCGGGGGUUAUAGAGGGCUUGCAAAUACCUCUUGAACAGGAAACAGUAGGUUGUGGUCGUCACGAUGGGUGUAGAUGUUAGGAUUGGGGGCUGAAGUUAACCUUUAUCAUGACUCUGUCUUGUAAAUCGUAUGAAAUUACAAUAACUAUGGACAUCUCAAUCACUAGAAAUUUAAUGCAUUUGUAAUCGGUUUCUGCUGGGGGGGGGUUUAAAUACUUUUUUUGGGGUUAAUUUUGGAACGUCUUCGAUUGAAUGUCUUUUCUGUUGUAAGAAUUGUCUUCGUAAUUGGUUGAUUGCAAAUGCUGUACACUUCCCACCGACACAAGUGAGAUGAAAACCAUAAACAAUCAUAGAUAUAACUUAUAGUAAAAUAGGUACAGUUUAGAUACAAUAGGAGAUGGGUUGUUUCGACCCUAACCCUGCCAUUCAAUUCCAUCCCUGGCUGGGUGGGACAUAGCAAAGAUAAAAAUUUCCCCCACUCGGAAUCGAACUCAUGUCGGCUGCGAGCAACGGAGAAGAACCUACGUAGUGUACUACAUCACUGACGCCUAUGUAUCUCUACUUUUUGUCUGUUUGCAUACACAUAUUACACAAAUUAUAUUUCAGGAUCGGUAUUAACAUAAUAGGCACUCAUAGAAAUAUUUCGGUGAACGUACAUUUGCAAACCCUCACCCGCCAAUUAGAACUUACUUGCUCUGGUUUCUGCAGUCGCCACUCUAAGAAAGUGGGUGGUUAUCUGGUGCUUUUGAGUAGGUUUGCUCCUUCUUUCAUAUAGACAUUCAAUCGUCCUGAUCUCUCCUCUUUUUUUGUGUCUGUUACUCUCGGGUAACCCCUCUAAUCUUCUGGACCCACGUGACAUUAUUGAGCACCAAGUGCCGUAAAACUCUUACUAAAAAUGUAAGCUCCCCGAAAGGCCACAUAUCAGUCGUUAUGUCGUCAACGUGAAAUACGCUUUACUUUAAGCAUAUUGACAGGGUGGGGGAUCCAGAGACCUUUAAUCAUUUCACUUUUUUAAAUCAUGCAAAGUAAGUGCAUCAAUCAUUGUUCAUUGUACAUUGUACUUAAAAACUGAAUGUAAACCUGAAACUGCUACUUAAGUAUGUAAAAUGUUGUGGUUUUUCCCUGUUUUCAAUAGCAACAUUUGAAGUCUUGUGAUCCAGAUUCUAUAGAAUUGUUGUUGUUUUUUUAAACUCUCAUUAGUUCAGAACAUAGAUAAUACGAAUGGUUGUUGUUGUUGUUUUUGUUGUUGUUGUUGUUGUCUUUAUUUCCCCUCCUUUUUCCUCGUAUGUGUCUCUCUAGAUCUAGUAACUCCUCAAAUCGUCGGCAUUUAUACGAUCUUUUCGUGUUGCAAGUGCCGCAAAACUCUUUCUAAAACUAAAAACAACAAAAUGAACUAAACAAACACUUAUUAUGAUUUAUUUGGUCUUAACACGUUUUUAAAAAGUAUCUUAGCAUUUUUCAGGCUGUAUGUCCAGUCUCGAUGUUUUGUCUGUAAUUUUAUUAUCAUUAUUGUUGCAUUGUGGGAAAGGAAUAAAAGAUGACGUGACUACAA